CGAGAACUCAUCAAGUGAAGCGUUGUCUGAUCUGGAUCGUAUCAGUGAAGAGCAGCUUUAGCGAAGGCAUUGUCAUGAACUUCUUCAUGAGUUUCCGGUAAGACCUUAAGAAGUGUUCUGGAAGCAACUAAGUUAUAUUUAAAGAAGUUGUCGCACAGUCACUUUGCGUAUUUAUUAUUACGUCCAGAUCAUUCACACACCACAAAACCGACUCCGCGUGCCCAGUGACUAUGGUAUUUAAAGGUUUGGGUAUUUGAUGGAUCAGUUUAAAUACAUGGUUUGAUGAAACAGGUUCUUAGUAACUAUGUCAUAGUCCUUCUUUUGAAUAAGUUUGUUUAAGUGUUGAGCUCUGCUUUAAAGCUUAGGUAUAAAAUCUAGUAUAAUGUCAGUAUAAAGAUCAGUUUUCUAAGAAAUAUACCGUAUUUAUUCGAUUAACCGCCCUGGGCGCUUAUUAAAUCUUUGGACCUUCAGAGUGGGCGCUUAUUCGAAGUGGGCGCUUAUUCGAGGCUGGGCGGUUAUUAAAUUUUCACCAUUUUCAGCAAUUAGGGUAGUAUUUUUAUUUUGCAACAAAACAGUAAAUGCUAGUAACAAAACGCGAAGAAGUAACAGAGCAAGGUUUCUGUAAAAUACUCGGAAGAACACUCCGUCUUCGGGGAAGUCUCUUAUUAGUACUUAUUCAAUUUCAAUUUCAAUCUCAUUAUCGCUCAAGUAAGUGGGGUGGGGGUGGGCGCUAAUUGAGUUUGAUUGGGAGGGGGAGGGGGUGGGGUGGGCGCUUAUUCGAGGCUGGGCGCUUAUUAACUUUUUCUGCCUUUAGGAUGGGCGCUUAUUCGAGGUGGGCGCUAAUUCGAGGUUGGGCGCUUAUUCGAAUAAAUACGGUAUGCGUAGAGUGUACUUGAAGACAAAAAUAGAUUUGCAUGAUUUUCCAUGUUAUACCUAACCUAGCUCAUCAUCUACAUACCAGUUGUUGAUUAUAUUUUAUAUCCUAAACAUCAGCAGGGAUCAGUCUAAAACUCGAGCCACGAGAGCGCAUGAAAAUCCAUUUUUCCCGGAAUGUGCAUGGCCAAAAGAAAAAUUCUUAUCUUGCUGCCGCGCUGUUACAAGAAGUUUUGUUUUGUUUUGUUUUUGUUUUUAAACAAACCAAGUUGUACGGUAUUUGCUGUUCAUUUGCAAUGUCUGAAAUGGCAUCCCUGUCCGAAAUCAGAUUGAAUUUUCUUUUGGUAAAACGUCACCGACUAAUCCUCUUAUCUUGACGAUCAAAGUUCGCAGUCAACUGCGCGGUGCGUUGUGAGAAACAACAGAAAACUGGCAAACUGUAAAAUAGAAUGGGAUUUCUGAUUUGGUUUAAAAUGUAUUUUAACCUGAUGAAAGUCUGUCUCCCUGCUAAGGAUUUUUUUAAACAAUGCACUUGUGUGAACGUGCUCGGCCUGUGUCAAACGUUCUUCAGCACUUUGAUCCGUGUCAGGUGAUUCUUGAUUGUACUUUGCUCUGCCGAAUGUCCGUCGCUUUAUUUGUUUUAACAGAGCCACCCGCCCAUCAGCUGACCAAAAGUGCUGACACAGUCCCCCCUCUCAGAAAUAGCCCGUUUUUCUCCCCCUCCCCCUCAAAAAAGGAAUUUUUUCCUCAUGCCUCAGAAUGAUGUAAAAGAUCAAAGACGCCGACUUGGGAGGUGUCUCCAAUGAAAUCUGUGGUACAGUCCGCCUGCCAGUAUGACGUCACGUCUCGCGUCAGCGACUUUUAAAAUGGCGAGCAAAGUGUUCAUCAAAGAGACGGAUAAAAAUUUCGAUUUUAUCAAGGAAAUACUGUUCCGAUUUCUUGGAUUUGGGGAUUUAUAUGUCCCUAUUUUCAUAGAAAACUAGACUUAAGGUGAUUCCCUGGUUUUGCACUGCGCAUCUCUUACUGCGCAUAACAAUAUGGCCUCCGUAAAAAAGAGCAUGUGAAGUAACAUUAUUAUAAUGAAGUUGACUGAAGAGAAACGUUAUUGCAAUUUUUGCUUUCGGUUGUUUCUUGCCGAGGUGAGACUCAGUGUGGUGGGAAUGUGCAUAACGUAAGCAGUACGCGUGUUGCUGAGUUCGACUUGCUCAGGAGAACUUCGAUAGUGGAUGUUUAAUUUGUGCUUACUCACUUUGAUUUUCAUUUAAACGCUUUCUUUAUCACAUUGUGUCCUAAAUGUGAUAUCUCGAUGUAAAUUCUGUAAAAACGGAUUUUUUAGUACUUUCUUCCCCCUUUCAACAUACGUUCUAUUCUGAAACUCGCCCCAGUCGUCUCUCAAAAAUCGGAGAAAAUGCAUUUGAUGCGCACUUUCUGCAGCUCUACCGCAAAAAACGAGUAGGGUGACCCCCAUUUUUUAUUUCAUGAUUUUAAUAAGGACAGUGCUUCCUUUCGAUGAGAAAAAAAUUGGCACAAAUCUAUGUUCAGUUUUUUGGCAAUUUUACUAAAUUGUAUGGAUUGAGCUAUCACGGGUAGAAUAGCGCGUGUCCAAUUUAAUUCUACUUUGGAGCGUAAAGUAAAAACAAGGGCAUUAAAAGGCAUUUUUCUGGUACGUAAGUGAAUAAACAAUAUAUUAAAGUCAAAUUCUGUGCGAUACCACAAGCAUCAUUGAAAAAAUCUCUCCUUUUUGUCUAGUUUUGGGCUGCGCGCGGUUUUUGUCAAAGGGCCCAAAAUAGCCGUAUUUGUCAGCAUUGUGAAGUCAAAACGAGCGCGGUGACCCCCACUUUUUAUUACUGUUUUAUCAUCCCCUUGACUCGUUACAUCAGUGUACCAAGUUUCAUCUACAACCCAUGUUACGUUCUUUUACUAAGGAAUCACCUUAAGUACUUUUUUGGAAUGAAAUGUCCAGUGGUGUGAUGAAUUUUACAGAUUCCUUUCUAUCGUCGAGCAAAUUUUACGGGCGAUCAUACCGACCGGUCACACUUUUGAGGGCCAAUGCACAGCAAGACUGAGGAGUUUAGACACACCAAUAGGAGGUGCGUCAAGGGAUGUAUUAUACUUUACAUUGUGCGUAUUUUCAGCUUUUCAGAGCUAGUGGAACCCCAUAUCAAUCCUUUCAAAGUUCGGUCUGAGUUGUAGCGUUGAAAGAGGAAGCUAAAUGACAGGUAUUUGUGUGAGACAGCCUCGUUCCCAGUCGUCCUCGGCGAUUUCGGAUGUGACGUCACCUGUCAAGCUUGUCGGGAAAAUUCGCCUAGGACGCCUCGCGCUAUCGCGCUCGGUUCCAAGCCUCCUCUGGUCACUCGGAUAGCGCGAACAGGCCUGGGUACGAGGCUGUGUGUGAGACUGUGAGCAUUGAAUCUUUUGCUUUACCGCAUCUUAUUGGGUAUACACCUGUCAUUCUGUAAUUAAAUCCCGGAAACCAAUAAAAGUUUUCGUUUAAUUAUUUUUUGGAGGCAAACGCAGUGGAGAUUUUAGGGUAAUAAUAUUGAUGAUUUCGACGAUGUACGAAAGCUAGGCAAGUUUAAAUUUCGCCAGUGGGUCACUGGUGGGUGUUGGGUUUAAACAUAGUUAAUAGAUUGGAAUGGUUAUGAAACCUGUCAGGCUAAUUGGUUAUAUGGUUUUGUUGACCUGAAGGUGCACAACGUUCAACAGCAUUCCUACCAUUUUGAUUGUAUUGACCAGUAAAAACGUCGCAUUAAUUUAUUCCAUCACAAUUUGCCAACAGGAAACAAAGGAUUGUACACACCGUCGGGGAGCUUCCAACAUAAACUGCAGCACCGUUGUUUUUAUAUUUGAUGUUCGUUGUCUUUCAUAACCUGUCUUCUCAAAUAACUAUGGUGUAAAUUAGUACAGUUUUUGGUGUACUGUGUGUUGUUUGUCAUGAUGUCACGAACAUUGAAAAACAUUCAGCUGUUUCAGAGGAGGUACAUGUCUUGACAGCUAAUGGCUUUUUUCUGGUCGUAAGCUUGGCCAGUAUGCAGAUCAAGAACUUUUGAAAUCCCUUUUCCAAAACAAAACUCCGGACUUAAGCUUGAAAUAUAUAUUGAUCAAAGUGCAUGAUCAGCAUGGUCAGAAGUAAGAAUAAAGAAAAACGGGCCAAAAGGAAAAACAGUGUUAAAAAACAGGGACCAAACAGAAAAAAAAAACGGUGCGACAAGGAAACAGAAAACAGCGUCGCCGGGAGCCGAACCCGGUUUAUCUGCAUAUGCAAGCAACUCCUUGACCACUGCACCACAGUGACACACAUGAUUUCAAAAAAUAAUUUUGUCAUAUCAAAACAGUUUUUCUCUGCCAUAGACGCUGUUUGAGGCUGGUGGAGCUGUAUUUAUCAUAAAUUAAAAUAUCUAUUUGAGGAAAAUUAGCUUAAGCGCGUAUUUCAAAGCUAUUUCGCAUUAUUUCGGGUUCAACGUGUGCCUACUCGAUGUAGAUAAUCGAUCGAACUAGCUUUACUGAAUUUGGUAGAGAAUUCGGAGAUCAAAAGAGGCCCAAUUUCGAAAGGAUUGAUAUGAAGUUAGGCCCGUUUAAUUAGCAAAAGAAUAGGUAAAGUAUAAACAUGUGUGAUCUGUGAAUGGAACCUCCUAUUCUGGAGACUAGACCUUGCCUAUUUUAGAGAAAAAAAGGAUUUAAGUUUUCAUGACCUGGCCAGUCCCGUGAAAUACAAUUUUCUAAGAGGCUUGAUUUUGAGGGGUCAAUUUUGAAAAUGCACAAAAUGUGAGGGGGGUCGAAAUGUUAAGACACAGAGCUGGCCUUCUAAAAAUUUGCUUCGGCUGUUCUUUGUCAACAACAAAAUGUUACCCCUAUAAAACUUGGUCCAGAAACCCAGUUAUUUCUACUACCACGAAUGUAGCGUGCAUGUACUUAUACGCACAUAUGCCUAUGCAUACAGCUGAAAUCUGGAAAAAAAUCCGGAAAAAAUGAAAGCAUUUUUAUAAUUAAAUUGGGAUGAAUAUUUCGCAUUACAUUGGUGUUUUUGUGUUAGGAUUUUCUUUAUCUCUUUACUGAUUAAGUGGAGUGAAAUGGAUCCGAAUGUGAAGCCACAGACCUUGGUUCAGACUUUUGACCAAGCCAACUACAAUUCUAUCCCGGAGUAUAAUGUAGCUCUCAUAACUUUCUUGCCUUGUCCUGUGUGAACAUGCACAGCUAGGCGUAGCUUCAGUGGUUUGAAGACACUGCAAACUCCUUUACGAAGGACCAUGACAGACGAGAGAUUGAGCUAUCCUGCAAUGCUGCACAUACACAAGCACAAGGACGUAAUUGAUAUUGAUUGCAUUAUAACAGAGUUUGUCCAUCCGAAGGGUACACAUCUCGCCCUUUGCUUGUAACGUCCUUGAUGCCGUAGCCUGUGUGGCAGGGGUUUGAAAGGGAAGGGGAAGGGAAUUAGGACGCCAGACCGCGCGCGAGGGAGGAGGAAGGAGGGGAACCCGUGGAGAAAUCAUGAGAAAUCUCAUCACACUUCACUAACAACAUAUCUUUAGUUACUCAAAUGGCGUGAUGUUGUUUUCAACCAAUCGGAAAAAGGUAUUAAUUCGCAGAUUGACAUUUAAUUAAUCUGAUUCUGACCAAUCACUAUUUUCACUCUCAGAAUCUGAGCGUGAAAAAUGGAGAACACAAUUGUCUCCUUGCGGGCGUUCCUUUCCUUUCCUCCUCGAGGGCCCAAAUUUUUCCUUCCCCUUCCCCUUUUAACGCCUGCCACGCAGGCUAUUAAUCAUUGUAAACAGUCUGUACCUUACCGAUAACACUAGAGGCAGAUGGGUAAAAUAAACAACUAAUUACUGCAUUUUCCUUCGUCUUUAUUUACUGAAAAUGUCCUGCAGAAAACGCAGGGGAUGGCAUUUCCGAGACCCCAAAUUUAAAAAUUUUCUGCUGGGGGAACAUGCCCCCAGACUCCCCCAGGUUUGGGGCUCCUUCGGCACGAUAGCUAUUCUUCCCCAGCGUGCACAUUCAAAAUCUCAGGUUACGCUGCCAACCACGGUACCUUAUAACUUAUGAAAUCAAUAAUAAACCAUCUGAAAGCAAUGGUCACACUACACAACUCCGCCAGUACCUUACGCAUGCGCCAAGAGAGAAUAGAUCAUUCUCUGUUGCAUGCGCACAGCCAUAUCACCAGGGCAGUGGCAGCCAUGGACAGCUGUUUCGCCCUUGUUGGAGCUCAUCAGCAUGGCAUAGCCAACGGGUCAAUGAAAUCAAUACCCAAGGAUGGAAGAAGAAACUUGGUCUAGAAGGCGUUGAAGGGCGGGGAAAGGGGGGGGGGUGCAUUUUAAAAAUAGUUAUUUCCGAGGAGGGGAAGGGGGGAGGUACAAUUUUCGUAUGCAAUUAUUUGGGGGGUAAAGUUUUGAUAUACCACACUUUUCUGAAAACCCCCGCCCCUCCCCCCCGGGACAUAAUAUACGAUCGGCCCCUAAUGUCCGUCGCUCUAUUUGUUGUAACAGAGCCUCCCACCCAUCAGCUGAUCAAAAGUGCCGACACAGUCCCCCCUCUCAGAAAUAGCCUGUUUUUCUCCCCCUCCCCCUCAAAAAGGAAGUUUUCUCUUAUUCCUCAGAAUCAUCUAAAAGAUCAAAGGCGCCGACUUAGCGACCCCCUCAGAAAUAACUUUCGAAGUCCCACUGUCCUGAUCUGUAUAUACAUACACAUAGUUACAUGUUUUUUUAUUUGGCGUCUUAUACUGAUAAAUAGCAUCUACAUGUAGGUGUGUUUGAUGGGGGGUGGAUAUUAAGUGGAACAGCCCUGCACAGAGGAUUGUUUUGAGGUCAAACCACUACUCCGUGAAGUUGUCUUAUGUUAAAAUGAAGAUCUGAGCCCAGUUGUUAGAAAGGUCAAUAACGCUAUGCAAUUCGUUUCCCUAAUAUUUAUCUUUUGGAUAGAGAUUUAUCCGGUGGAUAGCGCUAUCCAACGUUUGAACAAUAGGGACCUCUUUGCCCAGUAUGCCUUUGUUUUCAUCAAUUUUGAUCUUCCUACGACAGAUUAGUCUCUGUUUUUCUUUUUCAGAGUAGUAGCAUGGGGAUUUGUGGGGCUGCUGGUCUUUGAGGGAGUUCUUGGUGGAGUUCUUGGCGGAUCAGGAGAUAAGUCCUUAGGAGGACCUUAUAAACAAGCAGUUGCUACGGACAAUGAAAAGUGUUCCGAAAUUGGCAAUAAAAUCCUGAGCUCAAAAGGUUCGGCCGUAGACGCAGCCAUUGCCGCUAUGUUCUGUCUGGGAGUUAUACACAUGCAGUCUUCUGGAGUUGGUGGCGGUGGAGUGAUGCUGGUUUACAAUCGAAAGCUCAAGAAAGCCAAAGUCAUUGACUUUAAGGGAACUGCUCCUGAAGCGACAAAGUCUGAUAUGUUUCCACCAAACGAAUCAGGGGACUCGGACACGUCGAAAUUAGGUAAGUGCUAUUUUUCUUUUUCGCCUUGCCCCCCCCCAGGGAUUUCGCCCAGAAGUGACCAGCUCUAGUGACGACCACCUUCGUGAAACCCCGUUUGAACUGUGGCAAAAUUAAACUAAAGUUCUCUCAAGCGACCGUUCCCGUGAGCGAACUCCCAGCUGUAGUUCUUACUCUUGAAACGAGUGAAAUGUCCGCCAUUUUAGUUUUCACAACGAAAACAACUCAACCUCGUCCCCAGGUCUUCUCGGUAAACGGUACCUUAACCUUUAGAGGACUGCAUUUUUGACGCCAUUUUUUCGUUAAACACCAAAUUUUUCCAAAUUUGGUCAUCAGUAACUGGUUAUGGUGAAUUAUGCGUGUGCUUUUAGCCUAUGAGAAUUGGGGAAAUAUUUUGAAUGAAUAAUAAUGAUAGAUAACUGACCAUUAACAAAACAAUCAAUGGGAGAAACAUUUCAGAGCCAAGUCAAAUCACAUACAAGUCACGGUCCGUUUAGGUCUCAUCCACCAUGCAUGUCGUUGCAUUCAAAUCCCUUCCCUCAUCUUCAGUGCAUAUGUACAAAGUUUUCUUUCACACUGACACCCCGCCAAAUUACUGUAGCUGCUUAUGAUGGGCAGAAACAUUUUUUUCCUUACCUUGCAUGAAAAUGGUGCUUUGUUGGAUUCUCUUACAUGUCCAACACACUGGCUGCGGUCACAUUUACGACGUAACUAAAGUUAGUGUCAAGUUACGUGAUGUCAUACCUAACUGUAGUUAGUGAUUUCGGUCGGCAUUGCGGUCACACCACGCAGUUAACAAUUAAACCAAUUAGCUUAUGUAAAUUUUUUGUUUGUUGUUUUUGGUUUCCCCCUCGCUUCACGCUUGGUUUUUAUUUUGCAUAUUUAUAUAUGCUCAUCUCGCACGUGCGAAAAGAAGUGUCACAUUCUGAUUGGUUGUUUGUUUGUAAACUUAAGACUAAGGGCCUGUUUGCAUGAAGGUGGGGGACCCCAGAUAGGUGAGGUAACCCCCUUAGGUGGGGUAAAAAAAAUAACCCUCAUUUACAUGCAAUCUUACAACCCCACCAUCUCGGGGUGCACUUUCUCAAGAUUAUUGAAGGGUCGCUAAGCACGUAAACAAGAAAAAUGAUGGCAAACCAGGUGUUUUGGUGAUUAAUGCUCUUCUACACUCGCUUGCCGCUCUUGCUGCAACCUCCAGUGCUGUGGCUUUCUAUACCUUUAAUAAUGAUGCAAAGCUACCGCCAAAGUGAAUUUUGUGCGAACUCAGUACCGCGAAUCCAACCCCGGCUAGGCGGGUUACCCCACCUUGAAACGUUUCCAUGGCAAAAUUUGACCCCGGCUAAGAGGGUUACCCGGUCUGGCAGACCGGGCUACCCGCCUUGGUGGGUCACCCCACCUAUCAUGUAAACGUGCCAAAUUAAAAUGAGAGAUUAUAUGGACAGGCGGGUUACCCCACCUAAGAGGGUUACCUCACCUGCCUGGGGUCCCCCACCUCCAUGUAAACAGGCCCUAACCCACAAACCCUGCUUGGGUAUAACUAUAGUUAGUCUGCAUUGUUUUGGAUCACCGUGGCGUAAAUUUUCUAACUGUAAUUAGAGCGAGCAGAGAAGCGGUCACAUUACCGAAAUAGCUAACUAUAGUUAUCCCCGUCUUAACUAUAGUAGCCUAGCCUGUUCCAGGCUCCGAGAUAGUGGCGAAAAGUCGUGCUCGUUUUAAUACGUCCCCUACACUAUCGGAGAGCGUGGCACAGGCUAUUUAAUAGUAGCCCAGAUGUGACCGCAGCCACUGUCUUCAAGGUAAUUUAUCUUAGUCACGCAAUGUGUCACGUCACAAGCGCUGCACUGCUUUUAUAAUUUUGUUUCAGGUAUACAUUUUCAUUUGUUUGGCAUGCAAAAAUGUAUCUAGUGCCCGCGGAUGUUUAAGGAUGAAAUGGUUCACAAAGGGUGAAAUAUUUACUACAUCCUGUUUCAGGAUGUAGUAAAUAUUUCGGAGUGAUGGUAAGAAAAAAAUGUGUUCAAAAAUGCCUAUUUUUUAGCCUUGUCAAAAAAGUCCCUCCUGUAAAUAACAAUGAACAGGGACCAUCAGGGGGGGCCCAGAGAAAAAUUGGUAACAUUUUCAUUGAGAUAUUUUUCUGUCAUGUAAACAGAUUGUUAGUCUGUUUUCUGAAAUAUUUACCUAACAGAACUACAAUUUUCAAGGAGAAAAUUGUCCCCAAAAAAGGAAAUUUUUGGCCCAAACGCCCCCCCGUGAUGCACAGUGCAGGCGUUUGUUAGAAGUGAAACAAAUGCCACAGCGAGUAAUUUCAUCUGAAUUACUAACUACACACAAAGUUUGAGCGAAGGUUUUGUUUGACCAUUUCCAAUUUUGCUCAAUCCUUAACGACUUUCGUUCUUAAGCUCUCGUGAGCGACCACUCAGAGUCUUAUUCAUAUAAAUCAACACUUGAAUGAAACUGCCCACUGCACUAAGGGACCGUUCAUUAAUUAAACACAGUAAACACAGGGGUGGACUGGAGGAAAAUUAAGCAAUAUCCAAAAAAAUUCCCUGCUCCUCCCCCCACGGACUUUACUCUUUUUCAAGAUGCCCCCCAAUUUUCUUCAGAUAUAUUUCAGAGCCCGCAUGUUUCUUCUUAUGUUCAAGAAAACUGCAUCCAAGUUUGUAAAAUAAAGGGUUUGGCAUAAUUUUCUUCAUUCAAACAUAUAACACUUGUUAAGCAUUGUCCUGUUUAAAAAAAGCAAUGAAGAGAUCCUUCAUGAAAAUAUAGAAGGCUUCUUUUUCUAAUUCGCAAAAUCAUCUGAGCAGUUAACGUUGUUACAUGGACAGAUCAUUUUCUUGAGCCACCUGUCAUGUAACUUCUAUCUCAUAGGCUAAAUUUUUAAUGAGGUAAGUUCAUAUGAGUACAAGAUAUUCUAAAAUGUUUAUUUAAUUGAUAAGGAUAAUCUGAUGAAAUAAAAGAUUUAAAAACAAGUGUUUUUUUUUCAAGGUCCCCCUUCAUCAGACAAAAAUGUUUUGGGAGCCCCCCCCUCGAAGUUGAAAUAUUUUUUCGAUGCCCCCCUAAUUUUCUCCAGCUCCCCCUGUCCCAAAAUUAAUGAACAGUCCCUAAUGGCUUGUUAUUUAUAAAGUUCUUUAGAGUGCAGUUGUAUUUGGAGUUGUUUUGGUUAAAAAAAUUGGACGUAAAGUUUAACCCUGUAUAUAUUAGAUAUAAAGUAACUCAUUUAACAAAAAUUUAUUUUGUUUUUUAUUUAUGGAUUAUUUUAAUGAGUUUCGGAAGCUCUCGUAAGCGACCACCCUUUAUUGUUUUACCAUGCAGUCGCUAACGAGAGCUCAUUCUCAUAAGCGACCAGCUCUAGUUACUACAAUUUUUUCGAAUUUCCGAGGUGGUCUCUUACUAGGGACCAUGCCCCCGGACCUCACUAUAUAAUUCGUGCAUUCGGGGCUGACAGUUCGCUUGUUUCUCCAGUUACUCUGGUACCUAAUGUUCACACUUUAUGUUCAGUUCCGGGGGGGUACUUUAGGAAUUUCUGGGUAGGGAUGUGCCGCUGGGACCCUGGAACCCUUGACCUAUACCAGAGCUAGUUCAGCUGAAUUUUGCUACCCUAUACCAGAGUAAACUCCCCAAGCCCCCCUAUCCUAGAGUAGCUGUUUUCCAGAAACUACUGAGGUCACUAGCACAGUAGUUUAGCCAAAACAAAACCUUAUACCACAAUCCCUCGUCUAGAUAAAAUCUUCAACCAACUGAUCAGUUUCCUGAAAAAUGAUACCCUGUCCUAGACCCAAGCGCUCUGAUUUAUAUACCCUAUCCUAGAGUAAACUGCUUGAAGACCAUACCCUUCACAGCGGCACAUACCUAUAUAGCCCAUAUAUGGCAGUACUCCCUCCCCCGGGGGUUCAGUUACAAAGAAAAAUUGAAAACAGAAGUUUGAACACCAAAAAAACGAGACAAAACGAGACAAUGUUGCCACUGAAAAAAUCGUUAAGUCAAUAGGUGAUCAGAAGUCCUCGUGAAUCAUGAAUCUGGAAGAAAAUUUUUCUAAGAAUCAUGAAUCGUUGAGGCAAAAACGACAGGAAUCAUGAAUAUCAAGAUUCAAAUGAUUCCGCUUCAUCCCCCGAUACUAUAGCUUCCACUGUAGUUAAUGUAUACUUUAGAGCAAUAAUUAAAAGCGUUGCCGAUAUAUGAAAAUGCUGAUGCUCAGUGUUUUCCCCAGAACUCUUCUCCAGGAAAAGUUGACCCUGGAAAAAAAGAUUUACUCUACAUCCUUAAAGGAGUACUUUGUCAGUAAGAUCUAUAGCACAUACAAGGUUGUCAACGGAAACCCUGGUUAUUCUAAUCACUGUGAUGAGCAGUGUGACGUUGAUCACGGAAAUAAUCAAGUUCGGCUAACUGUAAAGCUAGGAAAGUACAUGUCUUUUGAACGAUCUCCUCAGUCAAGAGCCGAAUUUUCCAGUCUUGUUAGCCUUCUUUUUUUUUCAUUUUGUGGUAUCGAAGAGGGGUUGACCAAGGUUAAAACGAGAGCAAAUUGCAAAAACAAUAAAUUACUUCAAGUGUAAGAUUGUCACCUGCUCUUGGGUUGCUUCUUUUAUACCAAUACCGUAAAAUUCCGAAAAUAAGCCCCGAGGCCUAUAUUUUUCAAAGGCCCUUUUUGAGGGGCUUAUUUUUGGAGGGGCUUAUGUACGGAGGGAAAUUUGCGUUUAAAAAUUGAUUGGGCUAGCCUUAUUCUUGGAAGGAAAUUUACCGUUUUUCUUUGUUUUACUUUGUAUUUGAGGCGAUUUCCAAGUACAAGCCCCCCGGGGGGCUUAUAUUUGGAGGGGCGAUGUAACGGAGGGUUUUUUGCGUUAGGAGUUUGGGGGGCUUAUAUUUGGAGGGGCUUAUACAUGGAGGGGCUUAUUUUCGGAAUUUUACGGUAUGUCAGAUUUUAGUUCAACCUUACCAAAGAAGCUUAACGUGUUUGAACACGGACGUACCAGCUUGUCGUUGUCAUUGUUCAAACAUUUUUGCUAUGGCUGAAGAAAUUUCAAAAAUAAAUAAUUUCUCUAUUUUGAAAAAAUUGAAAACCUGUGCCCCUUGUGAUUACCUAAUUUUUAGGAAAAAUUCUACUACUAUCGUAACCCCAGUAGUGGAUCCCCUUGGGGCCAAAACUGUGCUUAGAGAUGCCCGCUUAGGGGAGUCUGCUGAAAAAAAUGUAUGCAGUGUUGGUAUGUGGUAGGGACAGGAGGAGGGGUGGGGGGUGGCUGGGCAGGGACAAUGACAAAGUGUCUGUUAACUGAGGGUCGGCUGUAAUUAAAAAGAAAAGUAUCCAAAGCAUUUGACUGAGUAGCCUGCAAGGACGCUCCUUCUUUUGGGGGGUUAUCGCGGAUAUCUCACAUGCGAGCCUUACGCCGCUAGACAGCGAGCGAGUCGUCUUUCUUUCAGAGCCAUGCGCGGCGAGUGAAAAAGUAAAAUUAUGCAAAUUAAUGGUAAAAGGGAGGAGCUUCCGCCCUCGUUCCUCGCGGUUUCGCCGCUCUCCCCUCACGCGUGUUCUCGAUCUUCUGUGGAUAAAAAGAAAGAAAAAUAAGAUACUGCCGGCGCAGUAGUUAAGCCGCGCGCGAAACGAACCGCGAGAGAUUUGGGCGGAGAGAUUUUUGUUGGCGCCCGUGCCAUCACGACUCGCUACCUUCGCCACAGAAAUGAAGAGCUUGCUCGCAGCUUAGUGAUGAAUUCACAACGUUUUUUUCCAGGCGGACUUGCUAUCGCUGUUCCUGGCGAGGUAAGAGGUCAAUACCAAGCUUGGAAGCUUUACGGCAAGUUAACUUGGAAAGAUCUGGUCAACCCUGCCAUUGAUUUAGCCAGAGACGGAUUCCCAAUAAGCCAAGCCUUGGCAGAUGCCAUGAAAGAUGAGUUUGAGAAAAUAAAACAUGAUGAGGGGUUAAGGUGAGAGCCUAUUUCUUUAUGGUUCUUUCCAUAUUUUCUCUCGGCCAGGAAAAAAACACCUGAGUCUUUAAGGCGGAUAGGGUAUUCCUUUUUCACAAAUACCUGACUGGGAUGGUUGAACCGAACUAUUGGUAAACUCCAAUCGCACAGCGCUUCUUUUAUCUAAUUCUGUAAAACGUAAAGAAAAAAUCCACUAGAGGUACAACAAGCCCCAGGCAGAGCCGGACCACCCGUGGUGCAUUGUCCUUUGUAUGGGUAAUCUGUCGCAUGGCGAGAGACCAUAUAUUUAUGGGCGUAGCCUCCUAAUGCUCCUUCAGAGUGCCUUCAGCCCCAGAAGUUGCCUAUAAACAGAAUAUGAUGAGUAUGAAAACUCAGUAGAAUAACUGCAGAUGCUGUGCAUUAUUUAGCACUGCUGUGAUUUUGUCAGUCUAUUGCUAUUUAUUGUAACAUUUCAGCGAACUCCUCCUGGAUGAAAAUGGGAAACCUUAUAAAAAGGGGACUACAAUCAAAAACGAAAAGUACGCGAAGACAUUGGAAAAAAUUCGAGACGAUCCCGAAUCUUUCUAUAAUGGGCAGCUGGCCAAGGAUAUCUCCCAAGACAUGAGUAAACUUACGCUUAAGGGAAAGGUCACUGAACGAGAUCUGAGGAACUACCGGACAAAAAUCAGGAAGCCACUAGAAAGUAAACUAGCGGGGAUGAAAAUGCUCCUUACUCCUCCCCCUACAAGUGGCGCUGUACUAGCUCUCAUCUUAAACAUACUGAAAGGUAGGUAGAUAGGUGUCCUAGUGUUCUGUUUUCCUCCUCCUCUUCCUCGUCAUCAUCAACAUCAACAUCAAUAUCAUCACUAUCAUCAUCACCGUUUAUGUAAUUGUCAUAGCAAAUGUACAUAAUUAAGACCGUAAUUUAUAGAUUUAGCUAGGGAUGAAAAGCUCUCGUUAAUAGACUUAUAGUUUACUGAAACAGAAAAUAAAAAUCGUGUAAUACUAAUCGGCGACAACAACGUUGUUUUGCACGACUACAACGUGAAACUUCCUAGAAUUCCUAGUUUAUACACGUUUUAUGGAGAAAAUGUCGUAUGAAUUCCUGUGCGCUUUUUUUUCUCUGCCGCUCAUUUUUCAUUUUUCAUGAUUUCCUUCCAACGAAAUUCGUCUCCUUUAGUUUUUAUCUCUCGCUCUAGCUCUUUCUCUGUUAUCCACGUCAGUGUAGACAUUAAAAUUAAGUCGAAAAAACGACUCGGCUUGGUUGCGGUCUUCAGGCUCUCUAAAACUCCGGGUGGCCAUGCAAUUUACCGCCAAAACGCGCGGGUGUCUGAAGUGCGAAAUUUCACCCCCGGCUUACAUGGACGGGUGGACAUACGGCCGUACAUAAGGACGAUUUUGACAGAAACAAAAUGCUGGGUGCAAAGAUAACCAAAUUUUCUUACCCAUGGUGCUCCGCUGCACGCUUCCCGAGCACAAGGGCUCCGAUAUAAACUUUGUUAACCCCAGGGGAACAAACUACGGCCGCCACAGUUUUAGAAAAUUACGUUCAGCUUCAGCUUUCUCGUUGCUUAUAUUCCUGGAAAAUUUGUACAAAUUUGUCACUGAGUAGCUGUCUUGGUGUUAAUGAUUAAUUAUUUCUUUGAAAGAUCUUAUUACCCUUGAAGAUCAAGUGUUUGAUUUUAUAGGUUACGAUAUGACUUCAUCAGCUCGUAAAGGUACAAAAGCCUCUGUGUUGACAUAUCACCGAAUCAUUGAAGCUUUUAAGUUUGGUUUUGCUUGGCGUAGUCGACUUGGAGAUCCAGAGGUUAAUGAGGAUAAAAAUAUAAACGAAGUAAGUGAAAAGAUAAUUAUAUUUUCACCCUUUCUCUAAAUAACGGUUUAGUUUCGAUUAGAGAGCUUUGCUAUUUAGACUGUCUUUACUGUUUUCGGAUAAGUGCAACACAUUUCGAAUUCUAGUUAAGGUGCAGCUUUUGACGUAUUCUUCUAAUUGUGUUUGGUAAUAAAUCUUCUUGCAAUAAUCCCUCUUAAGUAUGUAUUAAUAGGGUUUCUGGAUUUCCCCCCCGUCACCUACCCUCCCCCUAUAUCCACCUCUUUGUCCAGAAUGAGAGCCCACUAUACACUGACUAUAACGGCCACAAUCUCUCCUUUUAGUUUUCAAACCAAUUCAAAGCCUUAUGAACUGAGUGUCUAAAUUUCAGGACAAUUUUCGGUUGCAGAUUGCGCAAAAGAUGUUAAAACAACAGCUGGGUGACAAGUUACGUACACGGAUAAAAGAUGAUCGAACAUACGACAGUGUGUCUCACUACGCGCAGUACUUUUCUGAUGCUGAUUAUGGCACCACACACCUUGCCAUUUUGGCCGAAAACGGUGACGCAGUUUCUGUGACAUCCACUAUAAAUUACAGGUUAGUUAAACAGAUUCGUGUCUUCUAAUAAAGGCUCUUCUUGCUCAGAUUUAAAGCUAUAGUUGUCGUUUUGCCUUUGAAAAGUUUAAUAAAUUAUCAAUGCGACUUAAGUCUACGAAACUCUUUAAAACAUAACUAAAAAAGGUAUGGAAUUUCUGCGCAUGUUCCUCAGACUGUAUUUGGCGGGAAACCAGUGGUGGCUAGUGGUAUCGCAAAAUAUCAUCUGUUUCUUCACGCUAGGUCAGAUUCAGCAGAUAUUUAGCCUGAAAGCACAGCAACAGCGAUGAUUCCAGAAACCCGGCUAGAAAGAUGGAGAGUCUGUAUGAUUUACAAUGUAAGAUUAACGUGUGUUUCUCGACAGAUUUGGAUGCGGAAAUCGAUCGACCGUCACAGGAAUUAUCUACAAUGACGAUAUGGCAGAUUUUGAUAUUCCCGGAAAAGAAGAAGGUGUUGUUAAACCAUCUGAGGUUAAUUUUCCCAAGGCAGGCAAGCGGCCAUUCUCGUCUAUGUCUCCUGCCAUUUUGACGAACGGUAGUGGUGACGUACAGCUUGUUAUUGGUGCGUCUGGCGGCAAAAGGAUCACCACGGCUGUCUCACUGGUAUGACAUAGUUACAAGUGACCUGAAACAGUCGGAUCCAGGAUCCAAAAUCGGGAUAGGAGACCGUAACUGGAUAGCUUUUUCAAUAAUGGGGCUGGCUUCAUCGAAACAGUCAAAUUUGCUUUUUUUUGCACAAAUUACGCCAUCUCGUGUGACACGCCCGCGCAUUUUAUGCACUAUGAAAAAAUGCUCAGUGAACACUCAAACAAAGUCCUAAUACGAUUGACUAUCUCCUGAAAUUUCACACGAGAGGGUUCCCGAGCGAGUCUGUGACAGUUUGUUUAUUUCGAUGGAACCGCGUGGACCCUGCAGUUACGGUGUCCUACCCCGAUUAUGUCUCCUAGUUGGAUCAUAUUAGUUAGAGUGGACAUGUCGAACUCGAUGAACCUGCUAUAUGGAGCUCGGUUGCCCAGAUGAUUAAUAUGAUGCAAACAGUCUCCAGUUCUUAAGGUGGCAUGAGGGGGAAGUUUUCAACUGCCUGACUACAACCGAUUUUCCAACUUGAAGAAAUACACUUAGACAUGAUUUUCGCUAAAUAUUAACGUUACAUGAAAACUAGCAAUAGAUUUAAGUUUGAUAUGCAGUUAGGUUUUACAAGAUCAGAGCGUCACUAGCAACACCAUGUUGCCAUUUUCAGAGGUGUAUGUGGUGAAAUUUUAGCUUUAUUCCCAGCUUGUGUCGGUAAUUUCGACACUAUACCGCCGGGAAAGUUGUUGGAACGCUUUAUUUUGAUAGCAGUUGAGUUACUUUUAAAUAGUUUCUUUUCUUGAGCGUUUGUGACAAGUUUGAAUUGCUCGGUGAUGUGCAAGCCCCCAUGAUGAUUUGAGUGUUAUUUUCGCUGUUCUUCUUGGAUUCUUUGCUGGUUACUGUUAGCGGUUUUAUCGGAUUAUUUCGGUCAGCUUGUUACUUCAACCUUUCUUCUUUGCAAAUUUCGGGGUCUACUCGGGUCUAUCCCUGUUAGUUUCCCCGUUAUGAGGCGUUGAAAGUGUCUCGGAAUGAAGAUUUCAUUUUACAGCCGAGUAGCACAACUCCCGGGAACGGGCUGAGAAUUGUCGAAGCGAAAGCGGACGUGAAGCCGUAACGCAAAAUCCAGGAAGGGUUUGUUCCAUUUUAAAGCAGAAAAGGGAAAUAAGUUUGAAUAUUGUGAUAACCUUUGGAAACAAAACAUUUUUCAUUACCCAGUGCGGAAACUAAAAGCGUGUCUUUAAAAUAAUUCGCAUGGAGUGUGUAUGGAAAUCUUCAUGUUCGGGCGCUACUUUCGGCCUGCCUUUUUCCUUGCCUAUAGAAGAUUUAUUUGCUCAUAAGGAUUACAAACAGGCACUGUUUGAAAAAUAAUAUAAAACUGUCGAUGAAAAUAAAAUUGUUAUGAGCUGGACGAUGCAAGAUAUCUCACCUUGCUCAGUCUUUGUUCGCGCUCCCCUCCCCCCUUGCCAGGUAAAACGUUACAAAUGUAUCGGUCAAAUCGAAGCUUCAACAUCCCCCCGGGCAUUUCACUUUUUUGAAAAUUGUUGUUCAAAUUCUCCCCUAUCCAAGCCAAAAUGCCGUUCAAAUGCCCCACACUAGGGUCCAUUCAGGUGAUCAAAUGCCCCCACUCCGGGGACAUUUCACAGGCACAUGAAUGACAGAAGGACGGAAAACAUGCCUUCAGUUGUCGAACAAAAUAUUUAUAUAUACAGUAGCCUGCGAGCAAGCUCUGCUGUUUGGGCAAGCGAAGCGAGCCUCGCGAGAACGCACGAGCGAGGGGCCGAUCCUCUGCCACUCGCGGCUUCGCCGCUCGCUCGCGCGUUCUCGCGCGACUCGCUUCGCUCGCCCAAAUAGGAGAGCUUGCUCGCAGGCUAUAAAUACAGCAAAUAAUUGGCAUCAAUAUAAUAAAGACAGAAAAUCACUCGGUUAGCGUAUUUACUAUGAGCAAAACGAUGAGAGUACCACAUGGCCAUUGUAAAUUUUGAUGCUAUCAUUCCAAAAUUUUGGUCUGAAUUUCCAAAUCCCAUUUGCAAUUUUAGCCUUUAUUUCGUUUUUUUAUUUUCUGAUCUUAAAAUCUACAAUUAGGUUUUCUUGAAUUCGUGGUCGACCUUCCGUAUGCUGCCUCAACGCCCGGUCUUUUCCUGCAUUUCUGUUGAUAUGUUAUUAACUUCCUGUAUUUAGUCUUUUUCAUUCGGUAAAUAUCUUGCCUCGUUUGAAUUUUCGCAUUUUGCAUUCUGUAAUUUUGUUGCCUCGAUUUCAUGUCCCUUGUUUUUUAUAUAUUCCGUCCUUUGCUCCCAUGAGGUUAGAAUUUUUGGUACAAACCUACAUCGAUUUGAGAAAUUUGGUGUGUGACGUCAGCACCAUCUUCCGCAUAGACUCUGGAAGAGAGGGACAUACCAAAAAUCGUCCCUUGGACUGAAAUUGCCCGCUUUUUGUGGGUUGCAUCUUAUCGCUAAAUGAAGUUGUUUUAUCUAUGUCAUCUCUUAUUUGUUCUGUCGAAUGUCCAUAUUCUAUUUCUGUAUUUUUUUAAAAAAGUUGCCUCGAUUUUAAUUUAAAAAGUCUAAUGCAGUCAUGGCUCAAUGGCGGAUAAGGUCACAUGACCUCAUGAGCUUCAUUCCAAAUCGGUAAGCGCUUCUUUCCAUAUCUCAAACCGCCCUCUCCUUUUCACUUACACUUACAUGAAAUUUCUAAGUUUCUUGACUCAGAGACUUAGUUUCUGCUCAACAAAUGUUGUCAAAGUGCAAGUCUCUUCAAUUUUAAAAAGGAAAAAAGAAAUUUCAUAAAUACGAGCAGAAUUCGAUUCCAGAGAAAUAGAAAUUCUGGGCGGCCUUUUUUAGGGUCAAAAUCCGUUAAAAAUGGGUAAUUAUACCAUUUUGUAGAUGUUCGAAAAUCCUAGGAGAGGCAGGCAAGCAAGAAAUUUUACAACAAAUGUUCGGAAAAUUCUAGAUCUCAAAUCGUCUUCCGAACAGAUAUUUUCCGAAAAUUGCCGUUGGGUGCCCCUCACUCUCCUCGCAUCUUUUGAUUUCGCGACAUCCUGUCCAAAAAUCAAAGUUUGGUGCAUGCGCAGUAACGGGAUACUAUUCCUUUAAUUUUCAUCUUACUGGUUUACUGAUACAAUUCACAAAAUUCAACUUCACCUGCAAGAUGUUGGUCGUAAUCAUUUCUUCUAGGUGUUCAUCUGAUAUCCAUCGCAAUGACGUUACAAAAAAAUCAAAGUUUGGUGCAUGCGCAGUAACGGGAUACUAUUCCUUUAAUUUUCAUCUUACUGGUUUACUGAUACAAUUCACAAAAUUCAACUUCACCUGCAAGAUGUUGGUCGUAAUCAUUUCUUCUAGGUGUUCAUCUGAUAUCCAUCGCAAUGACGUUACAUUUAUAUCUCUGUCUUUAUAAAAUCGUCUUACGCUUCACGCACUAGGUUCGCGUGACUCUGUCGGAGGAAACAUCAACAUUACAAGCCAGAAUUCUAGAUAGAAAAGUAAUGCAAAGAGAUAUAACUCUUACCAGGAAAGAGAGCUCGGAGUCUUUGACUAAUGGAUGUUUAGGAAAACCCUUGUCCAACCGGCUCUCGUGUAAACGCCUAGUCCACAAGUCUGCUAAAUUCUUUUUGAAGGUGACUAUUUUCAAAUAAUUCUGCUUAUCGGUUCAGUUUCUCAAGCUUUAGCCUCUCUCACAAGUUAUUUCCAGGCCACCUCGUUCUAACUCUAUGAAAUCGAGGCAACAUAAUUACCGUAAAUACGUUGAAUAUCCAAAUACGGUACGUAAAUAAUCAAUGAUCAGGGAAUCGAGGCAACAUAAUUCCAGAAUGCAGAAUGCAUAUGGCGUAAAAAUAGGACAAGUAACAUAAAAUGGAGGCAACAUAAUUCCAGAAUGGGGAAUGCAGAAUGCAAAUGUCGUAAAUAAACCUAGAAUCAUGAAAUCGAGGCACCAUAACUCCAGAAUGCUAAAUACCAUAAAUAAAAAACAAACGGAAUAAAAGUAUACAAGGAAUGACCAUGUGUGACACUUAUUCUUAACAACGCCAGCGUCCUGUGGUGUGCAAAAAAAAAGUCGUAUGCGGGUCCUCAUGCUGCAUAAGAAAAAAUCGAAUUCAUUGAUAAUUUGGAGGAGGGUUUAUGUCCGGAAUGAGGGGGUUAUAAUCGAAAUUAUUUUUUUUGUUUGCAGAUCGGAAUGUGCCUGUAACUGGGAAUAUUGAACAGCAGAAGCAAGGCUGAUUUUACUUACUGGGGUCCGGGGGGAACUCCUAUAUGAAAGGGGCGGGGAUGCGCGUCGGAAAUUUUGUUUCAAACCCCUAAAGGAGACCAAUCUGGGCGUGGCCCAACCUUCUUUGACCCCUAGAAGAAACCAUUUUAAACUUUGCUUACAUGAAUCGAGUAAAUAAAACGAACUGAAAGUAUAUAAUUUUGAAAUAUUUCUUCGCGUGCAGCCCUGAAAGAGCCAUUUACGGCUAAAUUUAAUGGUGUUUUGACCAGAACACCCUAUGUGAGACCAAAAUCCGAAAUUUACACCCCUAAGCGAGUCGACGACGAGCAUGCAUCCCACCCCUUUCACAUGGGAGUGCCCCCGGGAAAUGGGGGAGCUUAUAAGCGGCCGCAAUUUGGAUCUUGACAAAACACCCUUUCUCCACGAAAAAAAAAAAACGUGGGAUAGUCUAUCGUUUUUAGCUUUCGCUGUUCCUUCACUCACAGGAUUGAAAGGUUUAAAACGAGCUGAAUUUGGGCAUUUUUUUCUUACCAUUUAUAGGUGUUGAUGAACAAGCUUUGGUUUAACGAGUCCUUGUCAGAUGCGGUUGAUGAUCCUCGACUUCACGAAGAACUUGUGCCACGUAUGGAUGUAGAAAUUGAGAAGAAGUAUCGUCUUAAAGGCGAUAUAGUUAAAGGCUUAAAAAAACUCGGGCACAAUGUAAUAGUGGGAAAUGAUGCUGCUUUUGCUGCGGUGCAAGCCGUAUAUCGGAAACCUGGAAAAGGCAUAUACGCUAAGUGUGACCCGAGAAAAUAUGGGGUUCCUGCGGGAGUAUCAGCCACAAGUUGCUGGGCAACGUUUGUUGUUUGGAGCAACUUUUUGGCGAUUUUCUGGCAACUUAAAACAUAUCCCGCUUUUUAGGUCUCACAAGAGUACUCCUUCUUUAGGCCAUUAUGGUGAUAUGGUGCGCAUGCGUAAGGUCCUCUACCAGGGCUUAUAGCCAGAAUUUGACCGUUCGUUCGAUUGUUUCUUGGAGUUGCAGAAACCAUUCUUGGUUCGCUUUUCUGUUGUGCUGUCGGUAUUAUUUAGCGACCUUUCAGUCUUUUUAUUAUGUCAUCAGAUAGCACCUGUCCGCAACAUCAAUAAACUUUUGUAGGUUUUCAGUAGCGUUAUGGUACAGAAGCAGAUUCAGACAAGAGAUAAUUCAUCCUUUCUUCGAUUCAAAUGUUGAAAGUAGCAAACUGAAAUACUUUCAAGCGUUUAUUAGUAUUAUUUGAAACGUGUGGAUUCGGAGUCAUUUUUUAGUUGAUAAUGGGGGAUCGAAACUUGCCUCUAGGUUUAAACUAGUUUUCCCUUGGUAAUAGUUUCCAACUACCCUCACAUUUUUACGUAAGCCUUUUCCGGUAAACUGCAUUGUCAGGUUUCUUAAAUUUUGUAACGCUUCAUUGCUUUUUGUAUCCAAUUUUUAUAUGAGACCAGCUUUUGAUGAUUUUCACCAACAAACCUUACAGUUUGCUUCCGUUACAAUAAAGCUCAUUUAAUUUGCUGCCAAAGGACGGUUCGAUUUUCCAGCCGUAAAAUAAUAAACACUUAAUGACUAGUCCCCGGGUUAAUUUUGUUUUCCGAGAUUCGCGCUGGUUGCUCAGUCGUCAUUUUACGGGGAAACCAGAAUCCCUAAAAGAGUGUAACGGUUGGUUGACGAUCAGAGCGGUUUACAUUUGUAGUACCAACGAUUUUUUUUUCAAAAACUCUAACAGGCCAGUUUUGUAUUACCAAAAUCCAUUCUUGAUUUCGAGGCUGAGAGGAAUGAAAUAGAAGAAAUGAAUUAUUCGUCCCUGAAUCUCAAUGCGAUCUCUUUUGUUUUACACCCCUGAGUCUUGAAAGCCUAACAUGAAUUUUGGUAAUUCGAUUUAAACUUGCCCAUUUCGUGAUGUUGGUUUGAAACUUAUUUAAUCCUGAAUGCGACCGAAACGAAUCAGGGACAUAAAAUAUGCUCUGUUGUCUUAAAAAGGGUAGCGGGAUGAACAACUGUACUUCAAACAGGGUCAGGGUUUGAAGGCCUAGGCGACACACCUCUUGUAUGUCCCCACCCCUAGGGGCAUUUAUAGUGGAGGUUCGACUGUACUGUAGCUGAGGAGGGAUCUAGGCGGGUGGGGGCAGGGGGCGUUCGGGGGGUUCGAUCGAACACUUUAUAUUAAAACAGCUAACGUCAAGAACUUGUAAAACUAUACAAUAAAUACACAGUCAAUCUUAAAUGCAAUAUAUUCAUAGCGGAAAUCGCGUUUUCGAGGACUCAAAAUUUCGAAAUUUUCCGGGAAAGAAUGCCUCCAGACCCCUCUUAUCUUCGAAGCAUUAAAGAGCAUAGAAAGAUAGUGCCGUGGAGGGGAUGCCGGGGAAUGAAUGUUCAUGUUUUCGGGAAUUCGGGCGAAGCUUUAACAAUCGUUUUUGUGGGUAUCUUUACCUUGCAUGAGAGUCAUUAUCAUGGUUGGCAGGUUAGAAAAUGAUUUUCCCUUCUUUCUUUGAGAGUUUUUUUUCGGAGUCUGAUAAUUCGUCAAAAUUCUUCACGAAAACUGACGAAAAGAUCGCGUGGUGAUAUCCGGAAACUCAGAAAGAUAAAUACUACAUCCAUAGGGGAGGGGUAGGGAAUGAACAAUUCGGAUGUUUCCGGGAACUCCUCAGGCGAAGCGUUGUCUGAUCCGGAUCGGAUUGAAGAGCAGCUUUAACUCGCAUGGAAAAGCGAAGGCAUUGUCAUGGAUGUCCGGUAAGACCUUAAGAACUGCUCUGGAGGCAACUUUAAGGAAGUUGUCGUACAGUCACUUUGCGUAUUUAUUAUUACGCCCAAAUCAUUGACACACUACAAAACCAACUCCAUGUGCUCAGUGACGAGAUCGUUAUGAUUAUGGUAUUUAAAGGUUUGGGUAUUUCAUCGAUCAGUUUAAACACAUGGUUUGAUGAAAGAGAUUCUUAGUAACUAUAUAUGUCAUAGUUCUUCUUUUGAAUAAGUGUGUUUCAGUGUUGAGCUCUGCUUCGAGCGUAGGGAUUCAUGAAUUCAGAGUAAAACAGCUAAAAUCUAGUAUAUAAUGUCAGUAAACAACAGUUUUCUUAGAAAUAUAUAAUAUGCGUAGAGUGUACUUGAAAACAAAAAUAGAUUUGCAUAAUUUUCCAUGUUAUACCUAACCUCAUCAUCUAUAUACCAAUUGUUGAUUAUAUCGAUCCUAAACGUCAGCAGGGAUCAGUCUAAAACUCGAGCCACGAAAGCGCAUGGAAAUCUAUUUUUCCCAGAAUGUGCAUGGUCAAUAGAAAAAUUCUUAUCUUGCUGCAGCGAUGUUACAAGAAGUGUUUUUUUUUUUUUUACAAACAAACCAAGUUGUACGGUAUUUGCUGUCCAUUUGCAAUUUCUAAAAAGGCAUCCCUGUCCGAAAUCAGAUUGAAUUUUGUUUUGGUAAAACGACACCAACUAAUCCUCGGAUCUUGACGAGCAAAGUUCGCAGUCAACUGCGCGGUGCGUAGUGAGAAACAACAGGAAACUGACAAAGUGUAAAAUAGAAUGGGAUUUCUGAUGUAGUUUAAAAUGUAUUUUAACCUGAUGAAAGUCUGUCUCCGUGCUAAGUAUUUUUUUUUUAACAAUUCAUGUCGUCAUGUGUGAACGUGCCCGGCCAAACGUUCUUCAGCACUUUUGAUCCGUGUCAGGUGAUUGUUGAUUGUACUUUGCUCUGUAAUGUCCGUCGCUCUAUUUGUUGUAACAGAGCCUCCCGCCCAUCAGCUGAUCAAAAGUGUCGGCACAGUCCCCCCAUGAUAGAAAUAACCCGUUUUUCUCCCCCUCCCCCUCAAAAAGGAAUUUUUUUCCCUUAUCCCUCAGAAUGAUCUAAAAGAUCAAAGGCAUCGACUUAGCGACCCCCCCCAGAAAUAAUUUUCAGAUCACACUUUUCUGAUCUAUAUGUAGGCGUUUUUGAUGGGUGGGGGGAGGUUAGAUAUUAAGUGGAACAGCCCCGCAGAGAUGAUUUUUUUGAGGUCGAACCACUACUCCGUCAAGUUGUCUUAUGUUAAAAUGAAGAUCUGAGCCCAGUUGUCAGAAAGAUGGAUAAUGCUAUCCAGUGGAUAAAGCAAUUCGUUUCCCUAACAUUUAUUCUUUGGAAAGAGAUUUAUGUGAUGGUUAGCCCUAUCCAAUGUUUGAACAACCGGGACCUUGUCAUCUUUGCCCAGUAUGUCUAUAUAUUUUCAUCAACUUUGAUCUUCCGAUGACAGAUUAUUCUCUCUUGCUUGCAAUUUACGUUUUUCCUUUUCAGAAUAGUGGCAGGGAUAGUUGUGGGGGUGCUGGUCUUGGGGGGAGUGGGUGGAGUUCUUGGUUGGUAUUUUACAAGAGGAAAAGAUGAUUCAUUAGGAGGACCCUAUAAAAGACAAGCAGUUGCUACGGACAAUAAACAGUGUUCCGAAAUUGGCAAUAACAUCCUGAACUCAAACGGUUCGGCUGUAGACGCAGCCAUUGCCGCUAUGUUUUGUCUGGGAGUUAUAAACAUGCAGUCUUCUGGAGUUGGUGGCGGUGGAGUGAUGCUGGUUUAUAAUCGAACGCUCAAGAAAGCCACAGUCAUCGACUUUAGGGAAACUGCUCCAGGGGCAACAACGUCUCAUAUGUUUCCACCGACCAAAACUGGGGAAGACAUGUCUAAACAUGGUUUGUUGUGUUCUUUUUUUAUCUGUUAUCUAUGAUAAUCAGAAGAAGAUUAGGGAGGAGUGUCAUGUUCACAAGCUCCCUUGCAGUUAUAAUCGAGUUAGCUCUCCUUGCGACCACUCUCAUAAGCAACCAGCUCUAGUGAUGACUCAGUGGCGGAUCCAGACCUUCAGAUAAUGGGCAGGGGGGGUCAUCCAGACCCUGAGAAAAGGGGGAGGGCCGGUCUCAAAAAGAAUUGUUUUCAGCCCUUCAAUUAUCAGUUUGGUCUAAGAAUUAAGGGGGGGGGGGGCUAGGCCCCCCGGGCCCCUCCCCUGGAUCUAUCACUGCGACCACCUUGGUGAAACCCCAUUUGAACUGUGGCUUAAACAAAAGUUCUCGUCAGCGAUCGCUCCCGUGAACGAACUCGACCAGUUUUGGGAUAACCCAGCUGGACUUUUCCUUUGUUUUUAACCUCUUGUAAGCGACCACUCAGAGUCUUAUUCAUAUAAAUCAGCACUAAAUAAAACUGCACAUUGUGCUAAGGGACUGUUCAUUAAUUAAACACAGUAAACACAGGGGUGGAAUAGAGGAAAAUUAUGCAAUAUCCAAGAAAUCUCCCUGCCGCCCUCCCCAUGGACUGUAAUUUUUUCUAAGACCCCCCCCCCAAUUUUCUUCAGAUAUAUAUCAGAGCCCCCCCCUCCCCUAACUUCACCUUUUUGGGCAUGUUUCUUCUUAUGUUCAAGAUAUCUGCAUCCAAGUUUGUUAAAUAGAAGGUUUGGCAUAAUUUUCUUAAUUCAAACAUAACUAACACUAUGUCAAGCAUUGUCCUGUUUAAAAAAAGCAAUCAAGAGAUACUUCAUGAAAAUAUGGAGGCUUUUAUUUCUAAUUCAAAAAAUCAUCUGAACAGUUAUCGUUGUAACAUUGACAGAUCACUCUCUUGUGCCACCUGUCAUGUAAAUUGUAAUCUCAUAGUUUACAUUUUUAAUGAGGUAAGUUCAUAUGAUUACAAGAUAUUCUAAAAUGUUUAUUUCUUUGAUAAGGAUAACUGGUUUAACUGUACAUUAAUAUUAUUGAAAAUAUUACAGAAGGCAAUCAAUAUCCACUGCCCGCAGUUAGCAGAUUAGCUAGUUGAGGCGAGCAGUGGCUACAUGUAUGUUAUAUAUAUACAAAUAGCUCACAAGAAAGACUGGAGAAAAAGAGUUAAAAAUGUCAAAUAAAUAAAUAAAUAAAAAUAAAUUCAAUUCGAUCAAGUUUACGAUCAUGUACAUUGCAAUUAUAAGAGGCCAAGUUUUCGGGAAAUUUUUCUUAUAAUUUAAGUCAAUAUAAUAUCAAUAUAUAAUCAUAUUCCUCUGAAAGUAAUAAUAAUCUGAUGAAAUAAAAGAUUCAAAAACAAGUUUAUUUUUUUCAAGACCCUCCCUCAUCAGACAAAACAAUUUUGGGAGCCCCCCUCUUAGUUGAAAUUUUUUUUCAGUGCCCCCCUAAUUUUCCUGCAGUUCCUCCUGAUCCAUAAUUAAUGAACAGUCCCUAAUGGCUUGUUAUUUAUAAAGAUCUUCAGAGUGCAGUAUUGUAUUUGGGGUUAUUUUGUUCUAAAAUUUUGGAGGUUAAGUUUAGACCAGUCUAUAUUAGAUAUAAAGACACUCAUUAAAUAUUAAUUUCUUUUGUUUUUUCUUUAUGGAUUAUUUUAAUGAGUUUCUGAAGCUCUCGUAAGCAACCACCCUCUAUUGUCUUACCAUCAAGUUGCUUAUACAAGAGCUUUACCCACCUUUCAGGGUCGGCCGGGGUUUUUGGGUAUACAGUAUAUUGGGGUAUUUCAUUUCAUGUAUACAGUAUUUUUGUGCUUAAAAUUGGGUAUAAAUUAUUCCCUCAUGACCAAUUUUGGGUAUAAAGUAUACUGUGUUUUUCUUAAUUUUGGUAUUUCACACGAGUUUUAGUAUAAUUUUUGGUAUUUUGGUAUUCCACUACCCCCCGGCCGAACCCGACUUUUUCAAAUUUCCAAGGUGGUCUCUUACUAGAGCUUCGACUGUAGUUAAUGUAUUGCUUAGAGCAAUAUAUCGGUGCCAAUAUAUGAAAAUGCUGAUGCUCAAUCUUUUCCCCGGAACUCUUCUCCAGGAGGAGUUGACCGUGGAAAAAAGAUUAAUACUCUACAUCUUUAAAGGAGUGCAUUGUCAGCAAAAUCUAUAGCACAUACAAGGGUGUCAACGGAAACGCUGGUUGUUCUAGUCACUGAGCUGAGUGUCAAGUUGAUCACGGAAAUGAUCAAGUUUCGGCCGACUGUAAACAGGGGCACCCAACGAGAAUAUAGGUCAAAACCACUUAAACAUAGCAUUGUUAAACGUAUAUUGGUAUUUUAACGGUAGAUAUAGGCAUAUUUUUAUCCCCUAAAUAUUUUUCAUCUGUUUGGAUUUUCUAGCUGAAAGUCUAGUGAUCCGAAAAUAAUAGGGAUCAAAACUUACCUUUUCGAAAACUUCAGCCAGAAAAAAGGCUCCCGAAAAUUCUAGGUGACCUUUUUAGGGUAAAAAUCCGUUAACAAUAGGCAAUUAUACCAUUUUUUAAAUGUUCGAAAAUCCUGGGAGAAGCAGGCAAGCAAGAAAUUUUUCAACAAAUGUUCCGAAAAUUCUAUAUCUCAAAUCGUCUUCCGAACAGAUAUUUUUCCAUGUCGUUGGGUGCCCCUGUGUAAAGCCAGGAAAGUACAUUUGUUUUUUAAGAUCUCGUCAGACAAGGGCCAAAUUUGCCAGUCUUGUUAGCCUUCUUUUCUUUUUUCAUUUUGUGAGAUCGAUGAAGGGUCGACCAAGUUAAAACGAGAACAAAUUGUAAAAACAAUAAAUUACUUCAAGUGUGCCAAUAUAUCAGAUUUUAUUUCAACUUUACCAAAGAAGCUUAAUCAAAAACCCUAAAAAUGGCCUUUUACAAACUUUCUCACUUGAUUUUACAUGAAAUAGACAGAUUUGGUUGUUUUAUGCUGAAAAGUGGAUUUUUUUCAAAAAGCUUGGUACUUUGCUUAACGUGUUUGAACACGGACGUACCAGCUUGUCGUUGUCAUUGUUCAAACAUUUUUGCUAUGGCUGAAGAAAUUUCAAAAAUAGAUAAUUUCUCUAUUUUGAAAAAAUUGAAAACAUGUGAACUGCCCCUUGUCUCUCGCAACCCUAAGCAGAUGCCUGCUUAGGGGAGUCUGCUGAAAUAAUAAAUGGAGUGUUUGUGUAUUUGGCAGGGACAAUGGCCAAGUGUCCGUUGACGGAGGGUCUACUGUAGUUCCACAAAAAACAUCUAAAGCAUUUAACUGAGUAGCCUGCAAGCAAGCUCCUUCUCUCUUUUUUUUUGGGGGGGGGGGAGGGGUAGGGAGGUUGUCGCGUAUAUCUUACAUGCGAGCCUUACGCCAGACCGCGAGCGGUUGUCUUUCUUUUAGAGCCAGGCGCGGCGAGUGAAAAACUAAAAUUAUGCAAAUUAAUGAUAAAAGAGAGGAGCUUCCGCUCUCGUUCCUCGCAAGUACUCUCGAUCUACUGUGCUUAAAAAGAAAGAAAAAUAAGAGACUGCCGGCGCAGAUAAGCCGCGCGCGAAAUGAGCCGCGGGAAGAUUUGGGCGGAGAGAUUUUUGUUGGCGCCCGUGCCAUCACGGGUCGCUCCCUUCGUCGCACAAAUGAAGGCUUGCUCGCAGGUUGGUGUUGAAUUCACAACGUUUUUUUCCAGGUGGUCUUGCUAUCGCUGUUCCUGGCGAGGUACGCGGUCAACACCAAGCUUGGAAUGAACACGGCAGGUUAAGUUGGGAAGAUCUGGUCCAACCUGCCAUUGAUUUAGCAAGAAACGGAUUCCCAAUAAGCCACGCCUUGGCCGAUGCCUUGAAUGACGACAUGGUUGAGAAAAUAAAAAAGGAUAAGGGGUUAAGGUGAGAGUCUAUUUCUUGAUGGUUGUUUUCAUGUUUUCUCUCGGCUAGGAAAAAAACACCUGAGUCUUUUGAGGUGGAUAGGGUAUUCCUUUUUCAAAAAUACCUGACUGGGAUAGAUGAACUGAACUCUUGUAAACUCUAAUCGCACAGCGCUUCUUUUAUCUAAUUCUGUAAAACGUAAAGAAAAAAUCCACUAGAGGUACCUUGAAAACUCAGUAGAACCUGAAUGCAGAUGCUGUGCAAUAUUUAGCACUGCUGUGAUUUUGUCAGUCUAUUGCUAUUUAUUGUCACAUUUCAGAGAACUCCUCCUGGAUAAAAAUGGGAAACCAUAUAAAAAGGGGACUACAAUCAAAAACGAAAAGUACGCGAAGACAUUGGAAACAAUUCGAGACGAUCCCGAAUCUUUCUAUAAUGGACAGCUGGCCAAGAUGAUCUCCCAAGACAUAAGAAUACGUAUUCCUGAUAACGAAAGGAAGGGACAGGUCACUGAACAAGAUCUGAAGGACUACCAGACAAAAAUCAGGGAACCACUAGAAAGUGAACUUAAGGGGAUGAAAAUGCUCCUUACUCCUCCCCCUACAAGUGGCGCUGUACUGGGUCUCAUCUUAAACAUAUUGAAAGGUAGGUAGGUGUUCUAGUGUUCUGUUCUCCUCCUUCUCCUCCUCCUUGUCAUUAUCAACAUCAUCAUCAACAUCAUCACCAUUAUCAUCACUAUCAUCAUCACCAUUUAUGUAAUUGCCAUAGAAAAUGUACAUAAUUAAGUAAAUAGACUUACUGUUUACUGAAACAAAAAAUAAAAUCGUGUAACACUAAUCGGCGACAACAACGUUGUUUUGCACGACUACAACGUGAAACUUCCUAGACUUCCUAGUUUAUACACGUUUUAUGGGGGGAAUGUCGUAUGAAUUCCUGUGCGCUUUUUUUUUCACUGCCGCUCAUUUCUCAUUUUUCAUGUUUUCUUUCCAAGUAAACUCGUUCCCUUUGUUUUUUAUCUCUCGCUCUAGCUCUUUCACUGUUAUCCACGUCAGUGUAGACAUUAAAAUUAAGUCGAAGAAAGGACUCGGCUAAGUUGUUGUUUUUUCUCUCGAAAAAUCCGUGUGGCCAUGCAAUUAACCGCCAAAACGCGAGUUUCGGAAAUGCGAAAUUUCAACCCCGGCUUACGUGAACGGGUAGACGUACGGACGAUUUUGAGAGAACCAAAAUUUCUAGGGUGCAAAGAUAACCAAAUUUUCUUACUCAUGCUGCUCUUCUGCGCGCUUCCCCAGCACGAGAGCUCCGCUAUAAACUUUGUUAACCCUAAGGGGACAAACUACGGCCGCCACAGCCUUCGAAAAUUACGUCACCUUAAGCCUUUUCGUUGCUUAUAUUCCUGGAAAAACUGAACAAAUUUGUCACUGAGCGGCUGGCUUGGUGUAAAUGCUGAUUUUUUUAAAGAUCUUAUUACCCUUAAAGAUCAAGUGUUUUAUUUUAUAGGUUACGAUAUGACUUCAUCAGCUCGUGAUGGUACAAAAGCCUCUGUGUUGACAUAUCACCGAAUCAUUGAAGCUUUUAAGUUUGGGUUUGCUUGGCGUAGUAGACUUGGAGAUCCAGAGUUUAAUAAAAAUAAGAAUAUAGACAAAGUAAGUGAAAGGUUAUUAUAUUCCCGGGGGGUACUUCCCUAUAAAAGUGACGGGGGUGCCCGUCGGAAAAUUUGCGAACACCUCUAAAAGGUACCCGAAUCUUUUUUUAUGGGCGUGCCCCAAAGUCAUUUUCACCCCCAAGAGGUACCAAUUUAACAACAACAAAUUAUAUAUAUAACUGGCACUGCAAAUGCGAAUAGGAUUUAUUUCAAAAAACAUUCAGAUACCUGUCUCCCCUUGUGGUGGAAUGAAAGUAUAGGAAGGAAAAUUAUCAAGGAAUUUUGCAAAAAGGUGCACUGGCAAACUCUGGCGGCAGUCAUUUUAGGUUUUAGCACCCUAAGUUUUAUCAAUCCACAAAUUUAAAACCCUAAAAGGUACGACGAGCACCCUCGUCUCUUUUAUGGGGGAGUACGCCCUCCGCGAUUAUAUUUUCACCCUUUCUCUCAAUAACGGUUUAGUUUCGAUUAGACAUGAGCUUCGCUAUUUAGAUCUUUACUGUUUUCGGAUAAGUGCAACACAUUUCGAAUUCUAGUUAAGGUGCAGCUUUUGACGUAUUCUUCUCAUUGUGUUUGGUAAUAAAUCUUCUUGCAAUAAUCCCUCUUAAGUAUUAAAAGGGUUUCCGGACUCCCCCUCACCACCCCGUCACCGGCCCUCCCUGUAUAUUUACCUCUUUGUCCAGAUUGUGAGCCCUCUAUGCCGCCAUAUUUUCUCCUUUUAGUUUUCAAACCAAUUCAAAGCCUUAUAAAGUUAGUGUCUAAAUUUUCUGGACAAUCUUCGGUUGCAGAUUGCGCAAGAGAUGUUAAAACAACAGCUGGGUGACAAGUUACGUAAACUGAUACAAGAUGAUCGAACACACGACAACGUUUCUUACUACGCGCGCUUCUUUUCUGAUGCUGAUUAUGGCACCACACACCUGGCUGUUCUGGCAAAAAACGGUGACGCAGUUUCCGUGACAUCCACUAUAAAUUACAGGUUAGCUAAACAAAAAGGAGGGACUGAAUUCGUGUCUUCUAAUGAAGGCUCUCCUUGGUCCGCUUUAAAGCUAUGGUUAUCAUUUUGCAAAGUUUAAUAAAUUAUCAAUGCGACUUUUCUUUUUGAAGCACUACUAAAAGUCAGUAUGAGAUUUCUCCGCACGUUCCUCAAACUUCAUUCCGCGGGGAAACCAGUGGAGGCCGGUGGUAUCGAAAAAUAUCUGCUGUUUCCUCAGGCUACGGUCAGAUUCAGCAGAUAUUUAGCGUGACAGCACGGCAACAGUGAUGAUUGCAGAAACCCUGGCCAGAAAGGUGGUAGGAGAGUCUGUAUGAUUUACAAUGUAAGAUUAACGUGUGUUUCUCGACAGAUUUGGAUGCCUAUAUCGAUCGAACGUAACCGGAAUUAUCUACAAUAACGAGAUGGCAGAUUUUGACAUUCCCGGCACCAAACCAAUCGAUGGUGUUUAUCCGUCUGAGGUUAAUUUUCCAGCGCCAUACAAGCGGCCGUUCUCGUCAAUGUCUCCUGCCAUUUUGACGAACGGUAGUGGUGACGUACAGCUUAUUAUUGGUGCGUCUGGUGGCAAAAGGAUCCCAACAGCUGUCUCACUGGUAUGACAUAGUCACAAUUGACCUGAAACAGGCGGAUCCAGGAGCCAUAAUGGUCAAAUUUGCUAUUUUUAGCACAAAUUGCGCCAUCUCAUGUGACACGCCAGAGCGUUUUUUUUACUUAGAGAAAAAAUGCUCAGUGAGCACUCAAACAAAGUCCCAAUACGAUCGACCAUCUCCUGAAAUUCCACACGAGAGUCACGCAAAUUUGUGGGUUCCCGUGCGAAUCUAUGACAAUUUGUUUAUUUCCAUUAAACCGCGUGGACCCCGCGCUUACGGUCUCCUACCCCGAUUAUGGCUCCUGGUCAGAUCAUAUUAGUCAGUGGACAUGUCGAGCUCGAUAAAUUCGCUGUAUUGAGCUCGGCUGCCCAGAUGAUUAAUAUGAUCCAAACAGUCUCUAGUUCAUAAGGUAGCUUGAUGGGUUUUUUUAACUGCCCAACUACUUAUUUUCUACCUUGAAGAAAUACACUUAGACAUGAUUUUCUCUAAAUAUUAACGUUACAUGAAAACUAGCAAUAGAUUUAAUCUGAUUUUCUUUUUCAUUAGGUUUUUCAAGAUCGGAGCGUCCCUAGCAAAGACUUGUUGCCAUGGGAAACUUUUGUUAUUUAGUAUUUGCCGCGAGGAACUAACGCUUUAAAAGAAUCGCUUAAAAGUAUAAAUACUGCGCAUUGUGGGUAGCACUUUGACCAAGUUUGGUUAAUUUCUAUGUAAGCAUUUUUGAAUAUGGCGCGCCUUGUUUUGUAAGCUAAGCUUUUGUAUUCUUUUUUUAAACUUAAAUCAACCGCUCAAGUGGGAUAACGACUGAGCAAAAUACUCACAAAUUUCCCCCACUGCAUACGAACAAAUCGAAUUCAGUGAUAAUUUGGAGGAGGUCUUAUGUCCGGAACGAGGGGGUUAUAAUCGGAUGUAUUUUCUUGUUUGCAGGUCGGAAUUGGCCUGUAACUGGGGCCCGGGGAGGGGGGUGGGGACUCCCAUAAGAAAGGGGCGGGGAUGCUCGUCGGAAAUUUUGUUUUAUACCCCUAAAGGAGAUCAAUCUGGGCGUGGCCCAACUUUUUUUGACCCCAAGAGAGACGAUUUUAAACUUUGAUUACAUGAAUCGAGUAAAUAAAACGAUUUCUUCGCGUUUUGCCCUGAACACCCUAAGGAAGUCAAAAAUCCGAAAUUUACACCCCUAAGCGAGACGACGAACGUCUCCGCCCCUUUCAUAUGGGUGUUCCCCGGGAACUGGGGGUUACUUUAAAUGGGGGAGCUUAUAAGCGGCAGUUUGGAUCUUGACAAAACACCCCUCCUCCACGAAAAACUUGGGAUAGCCUAUCGUUUUUAGCUUUCGGCGGUCCUUCACUCACAAAAGGUUUGAAACAAGCUGAAUUUGGGUAUUUUUUUUGGUAUCACUUAUAGGUGUUGAUGAACAAGCUCUGGUUUGACGAGUCCUUGUCAGAUGCGGUUGAUGAUCCUCGACUUCACGAAGAACUUGUGCCAAGUAUGGAUGUAGAAAUUGAGAAGAAGGAAAAGUAUCGUCUUAAUGGCAAUAUAGUUAAAGGUUUAGAAAAACUCGGACACAAUGUAAUAGUGGGAAAUGAUGCUGCUUUUGCUGUGGUACAAGCCGUAUAUCGGAAACCUGGAAAAGGCAUAUACGCUAAGUCCGACCCGAGAAAAUAUGGGGUUCCUGCGGGAGUAUCAGCCACAAGUUGCUGGGCAACGUUUGUUGUUUGGAGCAACUUUUUGGCGAUUUUCUGGCAACUGAAAACAUAUUCCGCUUUUUAGGUCUUUUAAGAGCUCUCCUUCUUUACCUCACGGCCAUUAUAAUGAUAUGGUGCGCAUGCGUAAGGUCCAGACCAUACAGUAUUUUCGCCCCCAGAGCCACUCAGCGGCCUCUCGGGACGAGAAUGCCCAUACCGUGGAGUAAACGCUCGGAGUUGGUUUUCCGCGACCAUUGCCUUCAGAUGGUAAGAAACAUUUUCACCAAUCUCAGGAUCUCGAAAGCUUUUGUAAUGAGUCACGAAAGCUUUUAUCAGUCUCGAAUUUUCGAUUUUUUUUCUCAGUUUUUUAACAAGGCUCUCGGCGUCUCGGUGAGUCUGAGAUUUUCGAAUUCGCCAUGAGUAUUCAUAAUCACAGGAAAAGAAGGAUGGUGUGGGAUCUGUUUGCUUGCACCCUUUAAAUGUCCAACCCCAAAUUCUUAACAAAGUUGCAUAAUACCAGGGCUUAUAGCCAGAAUUUGACAGUACUUUUGAUUGUUUCUUGGACUUGCAGAAACCAUUCUUGGUUCGCUUUUCUGUUGUAGUGUCGGUAUUGUUUAGUGUCCUUUCAAUCUUUUGUAUUACGUCAUCAGAUAGCACCAGUCCGCAACAUCAAUAAACUUUUGUAGCUUUUCAGUAGCGUUAUAGUACAGCAGAGAUUCAGACAAGGGAUUAUACAUUCUUUCUUGAUUUAAAUUUUCGAAGUAGUAAACUGAAAUACCUUUCAAGCGUUCAUUAGUAUUAUUUUAAAUGUGUGUGUGUCAUUUUUCAGUUGAUAAUGGGGGGUAGAAACUUGUCUCUAGGUUUAAACUACAGUAGUUUUCCCUUGGUAAUAAUUUCCAGUUUCCUCACAUUUUUACGUAAGCAUUUUCCUGUAAACUGCAUUGUCGGUUGUUUUUAAACUUCGUAACGCUUCAUUGCUUUUUAUAUCCAAUUUUUAUAUGAGACCAGCUUUUGAUGAUUUUCACCAACAAACCUUACAGUUUGCGUAAGUCUGGUUUCCCCGCGAAUUAACGUCUGAGGAACGAGCGCAGAAAUACUAUUCUGAUGAAGUGUACUAAGCAAAUUUCCAACCAGUCAGAAGCACUACCCAGGUCUGGGUAGUGACGCCUUAUCAGAGUGGCGCUGGUUCCGUAGUUUCACGGGGAAACCAGUGAUGGUGUCUGGAAAAGUCGUCUGUUUUCCAGGCUACUUUCUCACUGGUCAGCUAUUUCAAAACGUUGUGAACAUUGUGGAUGGAAAAGUCCAAAAGUGCGAACAAAAACAUAGUCUGGCAGCCGUCAUGGUUAAGUACAGCCAAGAGAGGAUUUCACAGAACGAAAGGAAGCGAAAGCCUCCCGACGGACUGUCGCAAUGACAAAAGGGGCAAAAUGUUAAAUAAACUUGUUUUGGA